AUGCCCUCGGGAACGUUUCUACCUCGGCUCAAGACACCUUUAAAAAUGUGUAAGACGAUGUCCUACUCUAAGAAGACGGACCCCCUUCCCGCUGAUGUCAACUGCACCAAAACUGCAUGGAAAAAACACCAGCACCAGACAAGAGCAUUUGAGCCACUUCUUCCUGGAACCCAAUUACCUGAGGAGCUCCUCUCUCCACAGUCAGUAGCCUCUAUCCCCCGGUCUACAAUGACACAGCAGGGCUCAAAAGGUGUCCAGGGCUCACCUGCUGCCAGGCCCCUGGUCCCUGCCCUUCCCAGGCACGAGGAUGCCAGGGGAGCAGCAGAGCAGGACCUCCAGCUUGGAGCUGGAUCAUUCGCACAAGCCUUGGCUACACGGUGUGGGCGAGCACCGGUCCUCAACCCCGCUCUCCCGGGAUGCUGCGCCCUGCCUGGCAUCACAUCGCCUGGACCAGAAGACUUUUCUCUGCACGAACACUUGACUAGAGAAACCAGGACGGACUUCGCACACGCCUUCCAGGUGUCACAGCGCCAACGCGGGGACCUACCUUGCUCUCGCCCUUGUCGCCGCUGGGUCUCGCCUCGGGAUCGUCGCUGUCCUCUGCGCCGGCACUCUCGCCGGGUGGUUCAUCCGGAGCCGGAUGCUGCGGAGGCAGCGGCGGGGGCUGGGGUUGGGGUUGGGGCGGCUGUGACGGCGCCUGGCAGGCUCCUCCAGCCCCCUGGGAGCGGGGGAUGGGCUCCGGGCGCGGAGAAACUCCCUCCACAUCCAUCUCCAUCUUCCCAUUCACUGGAGGGCAAGACAAAAGCGGAGCGCAGACUUGGCAGCGGCGCCCGGCGGCGGCUUAGCUGCCCGCGGCACGCAUGGCUCGCCGAGGAGGGGCCGCCUCUUGCGCGCCCUCCCUCCCGCCAGCCUUCGCCCGCGCACCCCGCAGCUCUGCUCGCUGCUUGGCUCGGGCACCGGCGGCGCCGGCCCGUGGAGCGCGAGCAGCGGGGGCUGCGCGUCCUCGGAGUGGUGGCCUUCGGGCGCCCCCGGCAGUCCCGCUAAGCCGAGCGCAUCCCGGCGGUGGCGACGCCUCCCAGCCUCACGCCCAGCCCGAGGCCGCCCGGGGAUUCGGUCCCAGCCCGGCCUCCAGAUCCUCGGCGCUUUCCAGCCUCUCCGGGGGCCCCUCGGCGUCUCCCCUCCCCUCCGCCUCGGAACAAAGUUACUGGAAGAACAAUCUCGUCUCCGGGACCUGCGGGCGAAACUGACAGGAGAGGGGCCGGUCAGGUAAGACGCACCUAAUGCAGUGCCCUGUGCAUGGUGAGGACUAAAUAAAUGUUUGACAACGAAUAUUAAAAACCUUGUAUGUGAAGGCUUAAAAAUGACUUUGCAUCUCAUCUUGGAAAAUUUAGUCUUCAGAAAAGUAAGGCAAGAAGAGACAGCUGGAAACUGUGCCUUCACCGUGGACUUCCCAUGAUCAUGUUUGUGUCAAUGUCACUGAACCACUGCAAGCGGGUAAGUAACUAACUUUGCACAGGGACCUUGUCUGAGUCUCCAUCUCCAUUUUUUAUGAAUUGAGAAACUAGAAAUCCCUUUCAGCCAAAAGACUCCGAGAUAACAGCAGUAGAUAUUUUCUGACCAGUUAAUUGCACACUGAGUGGAUCCACUAGCCCAGGGAUGGGGAAACCCUCUGUAGUUUGCAAUGAUACACGACCAUUUUCAUCUAUUAAGUAGCCAGUCUCGGAUAACUAAGUCACUUUGCUGUACAUCUGAAACUAACACAACAGUGUAAAUCAACUCUACUCCAACAUAAAAUAAAAAGCUUUUAAAAUAGCAAAUCUCUUCCCUUAUUUCUAGACAUGGCAGUUGGUCUCUGAACCAGAGUAAAAGUAACAUGUGAAACUACAGUAAUGAUCAGGUAAGACAUUUGGGGAAUCAGGAAUUUAAAUGUAAAUGUGAAACACAGGAAACCAUCCACAGAGACAGCAGUAAACAGAAUGAGCGCGUUCACAGGGAGAACCAGUGUUGUGUGGGUGAUGACCAGCAACAUUCAGCUUAAUGUAUCUCCAGAGAAAAGAGAAGGACCACUCACAGUGAGGAAAUUGAAAUCUCACUGGGUGAUGUACACCUUUACGGCAGUGCACACGUCUCUUAAGAACAUCCUAUAGCUUAGAAAUCAAGGCCUUAAGUGAACACGAACUGCUUCUUCCGGCUUCUCUUUCAGGAUGCAGGCUGCCAGCCCUCUGCUCUGCGGGCACAGUUGUGUUACAUGUCACGGGUCACUGCCCCGCUCCAGCCCCCGCCUAAGUCAAUGCCUUUCUGGCUUCCGAUCUGAGCUGCCCUGUAUUUCACACCAAACGUCCCAGGAAGCUCCUCGGUCUUCAUUCCCUCCUUGUCCUCUGACUGUCCCAUCACAACUGUCCUUUUCACUCUUCUUUUCCUCCCCAUCAUCAAGAGACCUGUUCUGCAUGUGACCUUUCUUCAGAGAGCUCACAAAACAUCCUCUCAGUGAACGGCAUCACCAGACAGACCCAGCAGAGCAUCAGGCAUCAAUAGGCAGCAUCUCUUUGAAUGAUCAUGACAUCUCUCUGCAGAGCUGUUAUGAGCCUCAUGUUGUGCACAGGGGAACUCGGCUUCCGACAGUGUGGUAGCAGGACUAAAGCACCAGCAAGGUGGGGCAGAAUAAGAGCUGGAACCCCGGCCUGCCUGACCCGUGUCACGGUCCUUCCGCACACCUAUGCACAUCCAUAAUCAGUGAGCUCCGUGCUCCGUAGAAGAACAGUCAUUUGUGUCACACAGAGUGGGCAGCAGUGACACUCCAUGGACCGUGAGUCACAUGGCUUGGCUGGGCUUGCUGGGGCAGCAGCCACGACUGGGACCUCACUGGGAGCUGCUUGGGCUUCCUCACAGCAUGGAGGCCGGGUUCCAAGAGCAAAGUGCCUCCUGGAAGGAGGGGGGCACAGGCCAUCUUUAUGAGUGGGUCACAGUGUCAUUCCUGCUGUGUUCCGCUGAUCAGGCAAACACAAAGCCCCACCGAGCUUCAAGGGGACGCUGCCUAGACACCACCUGUCAAUGAGGAAGUGAGAACCAAGGUGUGAGAAGAGACUAUUAAGACAGGUGAAGACCCAGUGGCAGCUGUCAGUGGGAAAAAUCAAGCUGCUGCAUCAGGAUUCCUGUACAAAGCCCACCUAUUAAAUUAAGCUUUUAUCUCCAAGCCCCGGCAUCUCUGCUGGAGCCAGUUCCAGAGUUCUGAUUGUCUAUUGGAAUUUUUCAAAAUAAAAAUUCACA